AUGCAGCUUGCACCCCUCUCUAUCCUCGCGGCCACGCUUGUCGCAGUUAUCCCCAUCCCAACCGCGUUCGCCGCUGAAUGCUACAACGAGGGCAAGUGCUCACUGUGCGAACCCGAAGACUCCGUCUGGUCACUGCGCGAAUCCCUCUGCGGCUCAAACGAUUGGGCGGGCACCGGCCCGAUAUGCUGGGGCUGGGCGCACGCGGUGCUCUGCGGCCGCUUUGCGACGCAGCGGGAGUGCUGGGACGGGUUCGAGGAAAUCAUCGAUCAGUGCUACAACAGCACGGCGGGCGGGACGUAUGACUACGACUUCGACGGAGACGCGGCGCACCUCGACGUCAGCUUCUGCUCUUGCGAGUGA